GAAAUUCAGUAAGUAAAUAUCCAGUGCAGCGAGCUCCUCGCGCCUCCUCCAGGCCCCUGCCCUGUUACCCCCUUGUCACCAAGCCCCGCUCCCGAACAUGGUUGUUAUGGGAGCCCCCAAAGUGAUUUUUAUGUCCGAGCAGGUGGAGUGUAAUCCCGGGAGUCUGAGCUCCGUCAUGUUACCCAUCCACAGCCCGUCCAGCCCGGAGUCCACCGCCGGGGAUCAGCCGCCGAGAAAGAGGCAGAGACUCACCCACCUUUCACCGGAGGAGAAAGCACUGAGGAGAAAAUUAAAAAACAGAGUCGCCGCACAGACUGCAAGAGACAGAAAGAAAGCUAGAAUGAGUGAACUCGAGCAGCAAGUGCUGGAUCUAGAAAUUGAGAAUGAGAAACUCCUUAUGGAAAAUAAGAUUUUGCGAGAAAAGUCUCUUGGCCUGGUGUCUGAGAAUCAGGAGCUACGCCAGAGAUUGGGCCUUAGUGCCUUGGAAUUGAAGGAAGAAGAAGAGUUUGAGGUCCAAAUUCAGUCCAGACCAGAUGAAGUCAGGCCGGUGACCGGGUCCGCUGAGCGCAGCACUCAGACUAUGUGCCCCUCUGCAGCAGGAGCAGGCCCAGAUGUCCCCGAACCUGACGAAGUCUUCAUGGAUCCUGACAGCCCUCACUCUUCAGACUCUGAGUCUGAUAUCUUGCUGGGCCUUCUGGAAAGCCUUGACUCUGACAUGCUCCUUAACUGUGAAGGAACAGUGUCCUGGAAUCCACAAGAAGAGGUCAAAGGAGAUGAAUCCAAUUCCUUACCCACCUCCCCACCUUCUUCUCUGGGGGCCCCAUCAGCAAAGCUGGAGGCCAUUAAUGAACUGAUAAGGUUUGAUCAUGUCUACACCAAACCAUUGAGCUCAGACCAAGAUUCUGAGCUAGAUAAUGCGACCAAUGUAGUAGUUAAAGUGGAGGAAGCAUCUUUCAACCCUUGUCAUGUUAGCACCACUUCUGUGAAAGAGGAGUCCAAAGAAGAUGAUCCAAUACCCGUCUUGGGAAUGCAAAGUUUGUUGUCCUGUCCCGAAAACAACCCUGAGAAACCAUUGAAAAUACUGGAUUCAGGCAGUGACUCUGGCUACGAGGGGUGUUCUUCACCCUUUAGUGAAAUAUCUUCUCCUCUAAAUGCUGACCAUGUAUGGGAGGACUCAUUUACCACUGAACUGUUCCCGCAACUCCUCAGUGUCCAAAUGGAUCAAUCCUGUUCCCCUUCAUCUCCUGACACCAGUUUAUUCUGGAAUCACAGUACAGAAUUUGAAGAUGGACCUUUUUAACUUUGAAUUCCCCAUUUGAGUAUAUGAAUCUCAAACUCCCCAUUGACUGUCUUUAUUAGUAUGGUCAUCACUGUAAUAUAACCCUUUUUAUAAUAGAAAUUAGGUAUUGCUCAUUCUACCUGUAUGUAGGGUGCACUUACAGAUGCCUGAGGGUGCUGCUUUACAAGGUAGAAGCACAAUUCUGUUGCCAUACAGCUCUUGCUUUAUUGGUUUCCUUUUUAAAUCGCUCUAAAGGAAGCCUGACCUGUUUCAGCUUCA